UUUAUUCUCCGAUGAUGCCCGCCCAAUGCCCUUCUUCUCUCUCUUCCUCCUGUAGCCGAGGGCGGCCGUAGUCGAACCAACGUCCCACCCCGCGGAUAACGUCACCAGAGAGAUUCGAAGCGAAGGAGAGAAGAAGGAGAAGGGAAGCAAGGGAAGCGACCCCGAAUGGGUCAGACGAGGGACCGUGGCAGCCUCCCCACCGCCCGAUCUGGCGGCGGAUCUCGCCGGCGGAAGAUCCAGAAGAGCUUCAACAACCUGAAGAUCACCGUCCUCUGCGGCUUCAUCACCAUCCUCGUCCUCCGCGGCACCGUCGGUUUCGGCAACCUCGGCGGCCCCGGCGCCAACUCCGACUCCGAUCAGAAGGUCAUCGAGGACAUCGACCGCAUCCUCCGCGAGAUCCGCUCCGACUCCGACCCCGACGACGAGGAGCCCCCACCUGUCGACUCCGCCUCCAACUCCACCUCCCUCGCCGCCGACAAUUCCACGGCCACAGCGGCGGCGGCGGCCAAGAACUACACCCUCGGCCCCAAGAUCUCCGACUGGAACGAGCAGCGACGCCGGUGGCUGAGUGAGAACCCCGGGUUCCCGUCCCAGGUCGCCGGAGGAAAGCCCCGGAUCCUCCUCGUCACCGGAUCGCCGCCCAACCCUUGCGACAACCCCAUCGGCGACCACUACCUCCUCAAAUCCACCAAGAACAAGAUCGACUACUGCCGCCUCCACGGGAUCGAGAUUGUCUACAACAUGGCCCACUUGGAUCGGGAGCUCGCCGGGUACUGGGCCAAGCUCCCGCUGAUGCGCCACCUGAUGAUUUCCCACCCGGAGGUGGAGUGGAUCUGGUGGAUGGACAGCGACGCCUUCUUCACCGACAUGGCCUUCGAGAUCCCGCUCUCCCGCUACGACGCCCACAAUCUCGUCAUCCAUGGCUAUCCGGAUCUCCUCUUCGGCCAGCAUUCCUGGAUCGCCCUCAACACCGGCAGCUUCCUCCUCCGCAAUUGCCAGUGGUCGCUGGAUCUCCUCGACACCUGGGCUCCGAUGGGCCCCAAAGGGCCAAUUCGGGAGGAGGCCGGCCGGAUCCUCACUGCCAACCUCAAAGGCCGGCCAGCAUUCGAGGCCGACGACCAGUCCGCCUUGAUCUACCUCCUCUUGUCUCAGCAGGAUCGGUGGGGCGACAGGGUCUACAUCGAGAAUUCAUACUACCUCCAUGGCUUUUGGACUGGGCUGGUGGAGCGCUACGAGGAGAUGAUGGACAAGUACCACCCGGGGCUCGGGGACGAGAGGUGGCCCUUCGUGACGCACUUUGUCGGGUGCAAGCCUUGCGGCAGCUACGGCGAUUAUCCGGUGGAGAAGUGCCUCGGUAGCAUGGAGAGGGCCUUCAACUUUGCUGACAACCAGGUCCUCCGGCUUUAUGGGUUUGGUCACAGGGGCUUGUCGAGCCCCAAGAUCAAGCGGAUCAGGAACCAGACGGCAACCCCUCUCGACGUCAAAGACCAGCUGAGCCUCCAAGCUCGAAUAUCCAGUUUAUGAGAAGCAUUGGCUGGCCAUUCACCCUACUUUGGUGCCGCUCGAGGUCAAGUCUAUGCCAUUUGUUGUGAGACUGGUUCUUCAACUUGAUCAGGCAUGUAAUGUUAAGCAUUGGAUGUUUAACUUUUUUCAUAGCAUCAUACUCUCUGAUUUUUAUCGUUACCUGCGGGAUUUCUUUGUGAAUGAAAACUGAACAAGAAGGGGGAAAAAUUCUUUUUAACUUAUUCUUCAAAUAGCAAGUCAAUUAUAAUGAAUCUGUGAGAUGUUCAAGUA